AUUUUGGAUUGCUUUUUGACAUACUAAAGAUGGCGCCUCCUAGCAAGCGGUCCAGGGCGGCCAAGAAGAGACAGGCUGACUUGAGGUCCACUGAGGUGCCGUGCAAGAGGUCCCCGGUGGCGCAGGUUGACUUGGUCUCCUGUGACGAGGUUGGGCGUCCUCGUAAAAAAGCCCACACACAGUCUUCGGACGCUAUACAGUCUUCGGACUGCCAGUUACAAUGCCAGUUACAAUGCCAGUUACAAUGCCAGUUACAGUCUUCGGACGCAAUACAAGCAAACUCUACCAACUCUCAAACAAACUCUACCAACUCUCUGAAUAUGUGCCAUGACAAUAAUGCUACUGAUUGUUGUUCUUUGAAUGAAUCUGUUGACUUCCCAGAGAGAUCUGUGCUGAUGGGGUCUUUUCAUCAAGGCGAUUCACGGUUUGGAAAUGUGCGCAACAAGCAGUGUGGUGCCAUCAGUUUGACUGCUGUUUUGAAGUCCAAGAUGAAGAACGUGUGGAGCUGGGAAACUGGAGAUCUUGAUGAUGUUUUGAUUAAGGGAACUGUUCUUUACAGGUCAAUGAGUGCACAGGGUAAAAUAAGAGACCAAGGAAGGGGUUACAUUGCUGUGUCUGAAUUGCCUAGACAAUAUGAAGUGUGGAAUUGUGAUUUCUCAAUAAACUUUGCUGAUUCUUACACUGGAUUUAUUCAGGUUGAUGACUAUGACGAUGCUUUACGUGAUGUUGCCAUGCCUUUUGAUGAGGUCAGCCGUGGUCCUGAAUAUGUAUGCUCAGUCUGUCAUCGUUUACUCUUCAGGAAGCAGGUGGUUGAGUGUAAAAGACAUUACUAUGAAAGCAAAGGAGCAGAAGUGGCUGCAUUGGCUAAUAGAUGCAUAACAUUGCAAUAUUUACAUGUGUGUGAUGAUGAAUGUGAACAGAAAUGUCAUUUGUCUGAUAGUCCAUUAAGCAAAUUAUGGAUUUGCCAUACAUGUCAUCGUAAAAUACUUGGAGGAAAACUUCCCGAAGAGAGUGUCACAAACAACAUGCAUUUGGAUGAUAUUCCACCGGAACUUAAAUGUCUGAACUCUUUGGAACAACAUCUCAUUGCACGUCACAUUCCCUUCAUGAAGCUGUUGUGUUUGCCUCGAGGCCGCCAGAGAGCUUGCCAUGGUCCUUGCGUCUCUGUUCCUGUUAAUAACACAAAUGUGACAAAUAUACUCCCAAGAAAUGAAUGUGAUGACAAGAUGAUAAGAGUGAAACUGAAACGCAAGUUGACAUAUAAAGGUCAUUACGAGUACAUGUAUGUCCACACUGAUCGUGUCAGAAAUGCACUGAGGUAUUUGAUGGCAAACAAUAAAUGGUAUGGUGAUGUGACUAUGAAUGACGAAUGGGUAAACUCUCUGAAUGGCACUGACCAGCAUGAGGAAAGCACCAAACAGGAAACACCUGCUAACAGUGAUGAUGACAAUGUUCCUGAAGAGCAAGCAGAGGAAGAUGUGACUUAUAUCAAAGACCAGAAUGGGCUUUUGUCAGAUACAUCAUUACAACCUGUCGAUCUGGGUUCAGAGAUCAUUGAUCAGAAUUUUCAGGACAUACUUAAUGUGGCACCAGGUGAAGGUAACAGUCCAGUGAGGCUGCUGUCCGAUAAAACCAACGAGGCAAAAUGUUUCCCUGUUUUGUUUCCAUCUGGUGGACCUACAUUCCAUGAUGAAAGAGAGUCCAAAAUAACUCUGUCUCGGUACCUGAAUACACGCAUUCUGAAUGCAGAUGGGCGUUUUGCACAGAACACAGACUUCAUUUUUUACGCACAAUACAUAUCAGAGGUGCAUCAAGUUGUAUCUGGUGUAUCAGUGGCGUUACGCAAAGGUGGCGGCAACUCCCCUCUGAAAGACGCAUCACCAGACAUGUUGUUGAACUCAGACUCCUUGGGUAAAAUAUUGCGCAAUGACGAAGGAUACAAGUUCUUACGAGGAAUUCGUGGCACACCUCCAUACUGGAUGUCAGUUCAGAAAGAUUUAUUUGCCAUGAUAAGACAACUCUCCAUACCCACAUUCUUUGCAUCUUUUAGCUCUGCAGAUUUGAGAUGGCCUGAAAUGCUGAACUCUAUUCUAAGAAUAGAAGGUAAACAAACGUCUGUUGACGAUCUUGACUGGUCUGACAAAUGUGGACUCAUACGCCAAAACCCUGUGACAGCGGCAAGAAUGUUUGAUCACCGAUGGCAUUGCUUUCUCCGUGAUGUAAUCAUGUCGCCAGCAGAACCCAUAGGGAAAAUAAAGGACUACUUUUAUCGUGUUGAAUUUCAACAACGUGGUUCUCCUCAUGUCCACUGUCUUUUUUGGGUUGAAAAUGCUCCCAAGAUUGAUAAAGAGAGUGAUGAUGAAGUGGCACAGUUCAUAGAUACAUACAUCACCUGUGAAAUUCCACCAGAAACAGAUGCAGAGCUUUAUGAGGUUGUGAGCAGCGUACAGAGGCACAGCACAAGACACUCUAAGACUUGCCGCAAGAAAAACACAGUGUGCAGGUUCAACUUCCCACGGCCACCAUCAAGCUGUACUUUCAUCACAAGAGGCGGUAACUGUGAGGACUUGAAUGGCAAUGAUGACAAUACAAGUGCGAGUGCAAUAAUAAAGAAUGUUAAAACUGCGUUGACCAUGCCUGACAUGGAUUUUGAUACAGCCGAUGCAUUUUUUGAGUCUCUUGGGAUAGAUCAAGAUUUGUUUGAAAAGGCGUACAACAUAUGUUCCAAAAAGAAAAGCAUUGUCCUGAAACGAAGUCCUGGAGACAUUUGGGUGAACCAGUACAACAAAGACUUACUCCGUGCUUGGCAAGGCAAUAUGGAUAUCCAGUAUGUCACAGAUGCCUUUUCAGUUGUGGUCUACAUACUGUCGUACAUCACAAAAGCAGAACAAGAAAUGGGUUUGCUCUUACAACGUGCCCAAGACGAGUCAAUGAAUGGCAACCUUGAUGCAAAAGCAGCAUUCAAACAGCUUGGAAGUGUAUACCUACACAACAGAGAAGUUUCAGCCCAAGAGGCAGUUUAUCGAUUAACACACAUGCACUUGAAAGAAUGCUCUCGCGACGUACAGUUCAUUCCAGUUGGUGAUAAUCCUGUUAGGAUGAGUUUACCUCUGCAUUUACUCCAAAGUAAAGCCCAAUUCCAACAGUGUAAUGAUGAAAGCAGCAUUUGGAUGACCAAUGUGGUUGAGAGGUAUAAGAGCAGACCCCAGAAUGCACAAUUUGAGGAUUUAUGCCUGGCCAGUUUUUGUUCUGAAUACAGAGUUCUACCAAAGUCACAGGUUCCGGCUGAAAGAGAUUCACAUGACAUUGUACAGCUCAACAACAACUGUGGCUUUGUGAAACGAAGGACCCGAACUGAACCUGCUGUCGUGAGGUAUCCCAGAUUUUCUCCCACAAAAAACCCCGAAAAGUACUUCCAUUCAUUGCUGCAACUGUUUUUGCCUUACUAUGAAGACUGUCACCUCAAACCGCCCCAGUUUGAUACAUAUGAGGAUUUCUAUAAAAAUGGUGCAGUGAAAUGUGGUGUUGAUGUUCAAAGAGUGCAGUCGAUUGUGGAUACCAACAAAGCUUUAUUUGAAAAAGAAAGUGAUGAGAUUGAUAGAGCUAAACAGUUGCUGGAAGACAAAAUUGAUCUAGAAGAUGCCUGGGCUCAGAUAUGUCCUGAAACAGAAAGGGAACGUCUUCGUUGUUUGAAUCUGAUGAAAAAAAAGGUUGUAGAUGAUGAAGGUGAUGAUGAUGACAAACUCAUUCCUGACCUGACAGCAAACCCACAGACUACAUGCACUUUGGAAACAAAUCAUGUGUCAAUGCCCAGACAAGAUGCAUUACAUUUAUUGCGAUCAUUAAAUGAAGAACAGUCUGCCAUAUUCUAUGCUGUUCGUAAGUGGUGUUUGCAGAAACUGUUUGGACAAAAUCCUGAACCAUUGCGAUUAUUCAUUACUGGUGGAGCAGGAACAGGGAAAAGCCAUUUAAUCAAAGCGAUACAUUACGAAUCUACCAGGCUGUUGUCACAGAUUGCUGAAAAUCCUGAGGAUCUCACUGUGCUUCUAACAGCACCUACAGGAGUGGCUGCAUAUAACAUUGGUGCUGCAACAAUUCACAAUACAUUCUCCAUUGGUGCAAAUGUCAAACUGCCAUAUCAACCACUAGGUGAUGAGAAAGUCAAUUCUUUGCGAACCAAAAUGGGCAGCUUGCAAAUUCUGAUCAUUGAUGAAGUGUCCAUGGUCGACCACCGUCUUUUGGCCUACAUUCAUGGUAGACUGCGUCAAAUUAAGCAGACUGGUGAUUAUUCCUUGUUUGCCAAAGUUUCCCUGAUUUGUGUGGGUGAUUUUUUUCAACUCAAGCCCGUGAAAGGCACGCCUCUUUUUGCUGAAAACAAAGGAGCCAACCUGUGGGACAACAACUUUGAGGUUGCAGAACUGACUAAAGUUGUUAGACAAGAAAAUGCAGCAUUUGCGGAAAUGCUUAAUCGUCUCAGAGUCCGUAAAAAGAACGAACCUCUCACCGACUGUGAUGUUCUCACACUGAGGCAGCGUGAAACUGGUGAGGAAUCUACAGACAUUCAUGUGUAUGCUACAAAUGCAGAGGUUGAUGAAUAUAACGUGAAGAGACUGCAAGAGACCUGCCCAGACGCAAUCAGCAUACGUGCUCAAGACUUUGUCCGAAAUCCCAAAACUGGAAGAAUGGAACGGAAAUUUGGCUUUCACACAAAAGUUUUCAACUCUUGCUUGCCUAAAUGUGUUUCCUUGGGUGUUGGAGCAAGGGUCAUGUUGAAGAAAAACAUAGAUGUGUCUGAUGGCCUUGUCAAUGGAGCAUGUGGCACAGUCGUGGAAAUCAUUCAAAGUCAACAAGACGAUGACAUGCCUGCAGCUAUCCAUGUGGACUUUGAAGACCCUAAUGUAGGAAAGAUCCAGAGGUCAAAAGCAAAAAGGGUUUCUGAACGUUCAACGAUAGUGGAAGUGCAAGAGGAACAAGUGGCUAAUAAUGGUGGAGUACGAAGGCAACUGCCGAUUAGCCUGGCCUGAGACGUGGCUCAAUGUAGACACUGAUGAAGAGCCACAACUUCCAGGAUACGUCUUCAAACACAAUCCGAGAGGAAACUGUUACAAUGACUCCGAGCCAGCCUUUGCAGCGCUGAAACAACAACAAAGAGGUGGAGUUGGUCUGUUUUGUUCAGAAAACGUUGACGUGCAGGUGUCAAUUCCAGAAAGAUGCAAUUUGGAAUGUCUGUAUUUUGAAAUACCACAUGCAAAUUUGACUGCUGCUGUGUUGUACAGGCCCAGCUCUUAUAAGAUUGACAUGUUUCGAGAACAGUUAUUACAGGUCAUCUUUGAACUUGAAAAGCAUCCUGGGAGGAAACUCAUCAUGGGAGACUUCAAUGAGGACAUCUUUGUAUCGUCUACAAUUCUCAAGUUAUUGGAACGGCAUGGAUACACUCAACAUGUGCAAGCAGCCACAACUGAAAAAGGUACAUUAAUAGAUCAUGUCUACAUUAAAGGCACAGAAGAUGUUGUUGUUGAAGUUGUGCAGACAUACUACAGUUUUCAUGAAGCGAUACUGAUCUCACUGUUGUAAUGUUUUCUGUGAUUAAUGAUAUUUGUCUUUGAAUAGGUAGGCAUUUAUAU